AUGAAGUCCCUUCAGUGCUUCCUUUCCGGUUUUCUUCUGUUGGCAACAGUUGAGGCUGGUCCUCUGAGGGGCCCGCUCCUGCACCCAGGUGGCAUACGACAACGACAAUACGACAACUCCAGUUCAACGAGCCACACACUGUCCACGUCUUUGGCAUCGACGACAGCUGAUGAGCCCGAAAGUUCCAGCACGAGCACGGCUACGGCUUCCUUUGCAGGCUUCGUCGGGGCAACUCAGAAGGCAGCCGAAACUUCUAAAGAGACUUCAUCCACCUAUCUGGGAACUGCCGAGGUUGUGGCUUCACAGGUGACCGGUGGUUCGUCGAGGAAGCAGUCCGUUGCUCCAUCGGAGCAGACUCACGCUGCUGCGUCGACCUCGGCCCUAACUACAUCCGCCGCAGCUGUAGCCUCUCCCGACGUGAAUUUGGCUCCUUCUAAUCAGCCCACGAUACAGUCGACCGUGCAACGGGCGUCUCAAGUCUUUCAGUCCCCAACGACUGGCCGCCCGAUCGCGGCCUCUUCAGCUUCAAGCUCAAGUUCCGAGGCAGCAAUUGAAGGAACCGCCUCAGAGACCUCACAGGAAGCUGCCAUCACGAGCUCUUCGACCUCCUCGGCCACUAGCAAGGUCUCCCCAACCGGCACGCCCGACGACUUCAUCCCGACAGCUGUGAUCACCUCGGCCGCUCCCACUGGGACGACGAUUGUGUCCUCCUCCCAGUACGCCUCCAACCUCGCCGAGGCCAUCAGGCUCAACGCAGCCUUCACCGAGAUCUCCGCAGAUUCAGCAUGCAGUCCCGGCCAAUACGCCUGUGUUGACGCAGAGUAUGCCCAUUGUUCCGCUGAUGGAUCCUGGGAUAUCGUGGGGUGCAGCGAGGGCACGGUCUGCGCGGCUAUGCCGCUUAAUACGACCAGCGGUGUCAGCCUCCGUUGCUUCCAGAGAGAAACGGUGGUUGCUGUCCUGGGCUCAGUCCCAGAGGGUAGUACGAGCUCAGGCUCAAGCUCGGGUUCGACACAGCUUAGCUCAGCGACCAGCAUUAUCGAGACGGUAUCCGAAUCUGAGUCCAGCUCGUCCCCUCAGGUAACCUCGACAGUUGAAUCUGCCAGUAGGGGUGGCUUCGCGACUGUCACGGUGCCGUCUCUGACAGUGACGGCCACCGCCGAGAGCUCGACAGAGUCUUCCGCUUCCACGAUCCAGUUGACCACGACCGUUCGAUCGACUCUGUCUUCAGAGACAGCAAGCUCAUCUGUCACUAAGGAGACGUCAACCGAGACGUCUACUGAGACAUCAACAUCGCCUAAUGAAACAUCUCAAGAAUCCGAUCGGGAACCCACGAGCACUUCCAAGUCGCGCACGACAAGCACAUCCAUAAUCACAGUCCAGACAACCCCAGCCGUUGACCCCUUCCCGACCCCAACGCCAGACGCAGAGCCCUCUGACUCGUCCUCGUCGUCCUCGGCCGCCGAGUCACUUGUCGUCAUCCCGGUGCAAAUGACAUCCUCGACAUCCCCCGAGGACGCUCCCGCCCCGACAGAUACUGGUUUCGGGUUCGGCGGAAUAUUCGGUGGUGGUGAUGACAACGGCGACGAUGACCAGGACCACAAGGGCAAUAACUUCGUGGGCAACUCCGCCGGCGGCGGCACGAGCACUAGCACCAGCGUGGACGGUGUCACGACGACGGUUUUCGUCACGGUCACGUCCGUCUCGACUGCUACGGAGACGGAGACGUUGAUCAAGUGGGCGACCAUGACGGUCCGGGAGUAA